AAACACAACCCUGUUCCCCUCCCAAGUGGACAUUCCCAAUUGCGCUUGCUUUUUGUAGCGUUGCCAGUCCGUCGUUGGUAGAAAAUUAUUGUAUGUGCCGCAUAGAGGUGUACAAAAACAGCAAAAAAGAUGCCCGAAAGUGAUGUUACCAAGAUGAAGGUUGCCGAUUUGAAGCGAGAGCUAAAGCUGCGUGGCUUGCCAUUAAACGGCAACAAAAACGAGCUGCAAGACCGCCUGCAAACAGCGUUGCUAGAGGGUGAUAUUUCACUUGAUGACAGCGCCAUAGCUGAAGCUAUUGCGGAUGGCAUCGAUGACGACGUCUCGCUGACUGAUGAAGACGAGCACAAAUUGCUUGGCGAUGAACACGAGGAUUUGCUCCUAAAGAGUCCCGUUAGCACACCCACAACAACAUCUGCAACCUUGCCAGAACUCUUGGAAGCGGUGCAGUCAAAGGCAGAAACGGACGCAACUUCGCCACCGACAAAGAAGAUCGUGUUGAAACGCAACAACUCGCAGCAGCAGACGACAACGCUAAGUACAGUAGCUGCAACUCCAUCCAAGGAAAAUGCAGCACCUGCCGCAGAGACUACGAUCCCCAACACGUCGGACACUGAGGAGAAGGCAACAGCAAAGACACCGCGAAAACCAAUUGUUAUUAGUGGCACGAAAGAUGCCACGCCCAAGGCAGUAGGCGACAAGAAAGUCGGUGAGCUUAGCAGCCAAGAGCGUUUGGCAAUGCGUGCCAAAAAGUUUGGCAUCACAGUUGCUGCAAAAGAUGCAACAGCUGCUGCUUCCAAAUCUGCUGCUUCCACAGCAGCUGCUGCGUCUCCUGUGGUCAACAAAUCAUCGAGCGCUUCAAUUAAGGCCAACAAUGGAAACAAAGAAACCGAUGAGCAACAGAAGGAGGCAUUGAAACGGCGUGCAGAACGAUUUGGAUGCGUGGUGCCCGAGAAGAGUCCCAAGACAACGGCCGACGAGAAGCUACAGAAACGCAAGGAGCGUUUCGGAGGAGGCGCUGCCACCAACACAACGGCAACAUCGCCCACUGAUGUCAAGGGACAGGGCGAGUGGGCAGAAAAGGCACGCGCCCGCCUUGAACGAUUCAAAACGACGCCGGCGGUGGCAGCAACGCCAGCUGCAGCCGCUGCCACAACAGCGGACGCUACAAAAUAAAUAACCAGUAAUCCCAAUACCAUCCCAAACACCCUCAUAUAUAUGCAAAAGAUCAGCGAAUCCAUGCACAUCGGAAUCAUGCCUAGAACACAACACUUUUUUUGUAUUUAAGCCAAUUAAUCAAUUAUGGGUUUAGAAUUUAAUCAAAUUGUAAUAACUACAUAAUAUUAUGAAUGUGAA